AGAAUAUAGGGGAGCAGCAGUUUCUACCGUUGGGAAAUCAAACCAAGCUACUGCUUAUUAUCAAACCCCGAUACAGGACUUAAGUGUAAACGAGCGCAAGAUGGGAAAUGGCAUGAACAAGGUCAUGCCCGGGUUGUAUAUUGGCAACUAUAGGGACUCAAAAGAUUACCAGCAGCUGGAUCGAUAUGGGAUCACGCACAUAGUCUCCAUCCACGAUAGUCCACGACGCUUUCAUCCCGAUAAACAUUACCUGUGUGUGAUUGCUGCAGAUAAACCGGACCAAAACUUGUCGCAAUACUUUUCGGUGUGCAAUGAUUUCAUCCAUUCGGCACGGCUAAAGCAGGGCAACGUACUGAUACACUGCCUGGCCGGCAUGUCCCGCUCGGUAACGGUGGCCGUUGCCUACAUCAUGUGCGUCACACCGUUGAGUUGGAAGGAAGCUUUAAAGGUGGUACGUGCCGGUCGCUCGAUAGCUAAUCCGAAUCUCGGCUUUCAGAAUCAGCUGCAGGACUUCGAAACCAACAAACUGAUCGAGGAACGAAGGCGUCUGAAGGAGCGUUUUCCUAGCCUGGCGCUUGAGUCGACGGAUAGGGAGCAGUGUUGCAUAGCUUUAGAUUAUUACGAAGAGCUGCUAGAGAGCAAGGGAGUAUGCGAAGGACAUUGCAAGUUCGGGAAAGACUGUCCAACGGGAAUCUGCCGGACGGACUCCCGUGGCGGUAUGAGACCUUCGCGAAAGCCGAGCCUCUCGUCCAAAAAGCAAUACAACACAUCGCUCUCAUCGUCACCUUCGACCUCGUCCCAGUUGUCGGUGAGGAGCGUGGGAACUCCUGGUGGUGGAGCCCAGUCCUGUCCCACGUCGCCCCGCUGCUCGAAAGCAUUGAGCCAACGCCAGGGCAGUGCUGGGGCAACGCGCAAUCCCGAAAACCCACGUGCAGCGGGUGAGUACGCGGCCGAAAUCGAUCUCGGCGAGAUUUCGGAGCUUCGGCGUAGUAGCAGCAUCGUCAGUACCUUUCGUCCUCGAAGCAGCCCGGCCGGGUUGUAUUCCUAUACAGGCUCUGCACCACCGUCCAUACACGGGUCGCGGGUUGACUUGAGUGUUAGCGGAGGUACCGGUUCCGCCAUCUAUCUCGGAUCUACCAGCGGAAGUGGUGGCGCUAGUGGGUCCGGUGGAGCGACGGGUGGUGCAACAUCGGCCGGUAACUCACCUGCCCCGGGGCGUCGGCUUAGUAUGCGAUCAACACCCAAAUCAACGCCCCGUUCCACGCCCGAGUCAUCACCGAAGGCAUCUCCGAAGAAGAGUGCCUCAUCAAGGUCGCUAGCAACCACCGUGCCAGGUGGCACGGGAUCACCGAAGAAAAGCACAUCCGGAAGUGGUGGCCGUACGGCGACGGUAGCACCCGCCACCUCCACGGCCCCACUCAGUACCGGCCCGUGUCCAAAGAAAGAUGACAAGCCAAGCAAACUAACCUCAAAAACCACCGUCCCAAGUAAUGCUACUAAUGUCAGUAUCACUACUACUACUACUACUACUACUACGACUACUACUACUACUACCAGUGCGGGUGGCAGCGCAGCUAGUAAGGCUGCACCCGCCCGUACUCCAUCGAUUGUGAUAGACAUAACCACAACUACGGCCACAAUUACGACCGGUGCGACCUCCGGCAAGGAUGCAGCGUACGGACGACCAGCGGAAAAGCGAGAAGCACCAUCCAAGGACACGCAGACGAAAGGUGCCGGUGGCAAAGGCAGCAACACGAACGCAUCCUCCAAAACAAUGGUCGCGAGCAAUAAUGCUAACAAUAGAACCGUGAAGCAGGAAUAGCGCCCCCAACGGUCGAUAAUGUCCGAUUGAUGGCGGGGGUUCUUUAUUUUUAUUAUUAUCAACAGCAACAACACACAAUCCACGAAUACCGUUGGUGAUGGUGAUGGACGAUUGAGAGCUGUCAGUUUUGUACGAUAAUAAUACAAAAAAGGGCCAACCGACCGGUUCGCUGUGUGCUCCCUCUCAGCCCUCCCCGCCCAAAAUAAUAAAUAAGCCCCAAGCGAACGUUGGGAAAAUGGUGGAUUUCAUUAGGAUGAUAGCCGCGAUAAUAAUACCACGAGUACCACGUGGUUAGCGGGUUGCUCAAACUGAUUCUCAAAUGAUGCAGUAAAACAGUGAGGUUCAAAAAGCAUAUACACAUUUAGUAGGAAACAAUCAAAAACCCAUUUUGAUGCGUGCAGGUGGCGUGCAGCUUAGAUAGUAAGGUUUUGCUAUAAUGCUAAGAUGCUAUAAUAUCGGAACAAAAUGGAACCCCCGUAGCAAUAAGGUGCUUUCGAUGUCAGCUUUUUUGUUUGUUGUAAACCAAGUUCAUUUGGUGUUUUAUUUCCAGAAAAAGAGAAAGAGAGAGAGAGAGAG